AUGUUUCGUCGAAAAAAGCAUAAGCCUCGCCUCGUGCCUGGCCCACCGCCGGCGCCUUAUUUAAGAACAAUACCACCAGAAGAGCUGCCGGAGCCUCCGGCGGAAAGAAUCGCCCGCCUACAGCUUGAACGCCAAAAGAGUAAAGACUCGAAACCGGCAAAGACCAGGAAAGCUAAACCUGGUCAGGCAGACUCACGUGGCAGAAAGGAUGAAAAUGACCAGUUCGAAGAAGAGCUUAGUCCCUUCGCCAAAGAAGAAGGUACAGUCGAGCACGAAAAGACUGACGCCGAAGCCACAAGCAAACCCAAAUCGACAACUAAGAUUGACAAGGAUGGCCCCAGUUCGCCACCGCCGGUAUCCGUAGAAAUUCAGAUCGAACCACCGCUCGAAGAGCUGCCCAUUGACAUCGUGGGUGACGGCGAUGAAGAGGACUUAAUCAAGGGCGAAGAUAAGAAAGCAUCAAAGGAUACGGAGCAACGGGAUAGAAAGGAUGGCAAAAAGGAUGAUGCAAGAGUGGAAAGCGAUGCUGAUGUCGUUGCACCCAACGGAGCUGAAGGAGCAGUUCACGAGGCAGAUGGAGGCGUCGGCGAUGCGCCUGCUGACGAAGAGCACAAAGAGGUUAGUGCUAAUGGAAAAACCGCCAAAGAUGAAACAGGGGCGCUCGAAAUCGUUGAGACAAGGAAAGAGAAGAAACGGCGAGGCCUCUUCGCUAGACGCAAAAAAGAGCCGCGUGAUGCGUCUACGGGCACGGAAAAAUCCGGGGAGCCAAGCGGAGUGGACGAUGAAUCCUUAGGAAAAGGUUCUUUCGCGGACAAUAAGGGCAGCGACAAAAAAGAACGCGGCAGAAGGUAUCUCAAAAGAAAGGACGCUGACAAACUACCGAAGCUUUGGAUUUACUUUGAGAUGCAUGAGCGCGACCACACCCAAUCGACUUCGUCCUCAGACACAGACAACGAGAGCACACAUCUCGUCUUGUAA